AUUCACAAUUUACGUCCCUGUUUUCGUGAACCAGCGCUUUCCCUCUGUCUUUCAACCCCCAAACUAGCCGCCCUCUUACACGGUGAACAGUCGCUUUCACCAAGCAAAGGACACUCACCACCGUUUUCAGUAAAACUCGUCCUCUUCCUAAAAUUUUCACGUUUCCCGCAUUAAAAUUAAAAAAGAAAAGAAAAUCAAAGAAUAAAGUAGUUUAAAAUAAAAAAAAAAAAUUUUUUCCACCCCUAAAGAAAAAUUUUUAUUUCCUACACUCUAUAUACCUGUAUAUAUAUAAAUACUCGUGUGUUUGUUAUAAAUGUCAUGUGAGUUUUUAAAAAAUAAUCAUCAAUGGCGUGUAAAUCGAAAACAAUAAUUGCAUCGGAAAAAACAACAACAACAACGACAAUAUCAAGAAUUAUUUUCUGCACAAAAAUCAAGAAAUUUAUUCAUUAUUUAAAAAAAUGAAUAUUUAUCCGACAUCAUGACAAAGUGUGACCACGCGUGUGGAUGUGGACACAAGGUCACAAAGAAAGGAAUGUCUGAGAGCGACAGUGAUCAAGUAGCUCGGUCUCUGGCCCUAGAGCAAGCUUAUGUUCACGAGGUCUAUGAACAAUGUGCCGAAAAGACUGUCCAAGGGAAACAAUGGCCAAGAAUUUAUCAAUUCCUCGAGGAAUUGGAACCGGGUGCUCUCGUUUGCGACAUAGGUUGUGGGAAUGGAAAAUAUCUCAACGUCAACCACAGUGUUUAUAAGGUCGGUGUGGACCGAUGCAACAGACUGACUGAUAUUGCACGAGAGAAAGAAAAUGAGGUUUUAAUAUGUGACAAUUUAUCGUUACCAUUUCGAGACGAGAGCUUCGAUGCGGUUCUGUCCAUUGCAGUUGUUCAUCAUUUCGCGACAACCGAGAGACGAGUUCGUGCUUUAAAGGAACUCGCUCGCGUCUUGCGAAUUGGAGGACGACUUAUUAUUUCUGUUUGGGCCAUGGAGCAGAAGCACAGGAAGUUCGAGUCCCAAGACGUGCUGGUUCCAUGGCCCAAGGCAUAUUGUCUCAACUCGAGGUCCAGUAGUGGAAGAUCCUAUGGCUCUUCCUGUGACGAGAGGCAGCGAGAGUAUCCAGAAAAACAUAUCCUAAAAAGAGGUAGCCAGCGGAAAUGCAAGAACAAAAGUUACUGGACUGAUCCAAUAUUCAGUCCAUCGCCAUCCACAAGCAGUCUCUCGAGUCCCAAUGAAACGUGCUACAGUUUUUUUCGUCGAGCACUACAAAAAUUAGCUGGUGGUAGACGGGGAUCGCGACCAUGGUUCCUGGAAAAUUGGCAAACCAACGGAAAAAGUCGACGUCGGUACGAGCAAGAGGACAGUGCCGACAUGGAUGAUAUGCCAAUUGAAUUACGAAGACUCGAAGACACAACACUAACAUUGAGCAAACAAUCGGAAAGUUUGAGUAUCAAAUCAAAGAGUCUUGGUGAUAUUUUAGAAAUACAACGACUCGAUUUGGUUCGAUCGCGAUCAAGUAUCCCCGGUCUUUGUUCAACAGUAAACUCCGAUCUUCAAUUGGAUGACGAUUCAUUAUCAUCAUCAUCAUUAAGCACAUCAAAACCAAAGUUAGUCAAGCAAAAAACACACUUUAAUGAAGAUGAGGAUUGUCUGGAUUUUCCUGAAAACACUGCCAUUGAACAAAUCAUCAAGGAUUUUCCAGACAUUCAGGAUUCACAAAAUACAAAGAGAGGAAACGUGCAGAAACAGAGUUCAAUGAAUGAGGAAUUAAUGUCAAUAGAACGACUUGAAGAAAAGGAACAAUUACGACGAAAUAUAACUAAGCAAUCAUCCCUAAAUGAGGACAUCAUCUACAAACGAAAGGCCUUCGAAGCCUUUAGAGACUCCUUCUAUUCCGGUAAUGCUUCGAAGAGAUUUCAAUUGUUGAAAAGUGGCCUUACAAAUAAGAUCAAACAAUCGACGACGAAUAUUGAAAAGGUUUCGGGAAUGUCAAUUAGAAAUGGAUUCGUAAAAAUACUCCAGAGUUGGAAGUCAACCGAGAGUGAUGUUCCAGUAUCAACGAAUGGCGAGUACAUAACAUCGACAGUUCAGGCGGAGAAUUUACAGAACGUAAUGGGAUUAAAACAUGAACAUGAUUUAGUAGAGAGACGAUUGUCACGUGAGGAUGGUUCGGAUUCAUCAAAGGACAGUAGUUUACAGAGUGAUACGAGUGUCGAUUCAGAGGACAGUUUUGCUUCAGUUAUUUAUGUGCCAAAACCAGAUGUUGCGCCGUUAAUUGAUGUGAUAACGGCACCACCUGGCUAUCAGUUGAGUACAGCUUCCGCGCCACCCUCUCCCCGAGUCAAGUAUCCGCCAGAUUUAUCAGGUCCUAGAUUAAAAAUGAUAUCCAUAUCGCCACUAUUGAAACAAUUCCCCGCAACAAGUAAAUCUCUUCCGCCACCAAGUCCACCGGGUUUAUCACCCAAGACACUUAAUUCGACCACAAUGAAACCCUUCUUCAAUCACAAAACAGGAAGUAACCAACCCAUCAUCAACUUUCUAGACAAGUUCGAUUUUACUCUUAAAAAAGAUUCCACCGUAUCUGGUGAAAUAAAUUCCGAUACAUCCAAAGAAUUGAGAGCCAAUUCUUUGGAGCAAGAGAAAACCAGUGAAAACAGUUGCGAAGAAUCCUCAUGGCAAGAACCUUCGAAAAUUGAAGUCAAGAAUUCAAAUCCAUCGGAUGAGAAGAACAAUGAGGAGGAGAGUCGAAAGGAUCGACUGAAGCAAAUCAAGGAGUUGCUCUAUCAAAAACCGGGAUUUGCCACACGGAUGAAACAUUCGUUUCCCCUAGUUCGAAGAGCUUCAUCAGCGGUUCCCGGUAGGCUCGAAACGGCAACAAAAAUCCUCCCUCGACUACUCUCCUUAGAGUUGUUCAAUCCCGAAACUGACGACCUUGACAGCGACUCCAGUGGAGUAUCGUCUCCGGAGUCAACCGGAUCGGUCAUCAGUGUCAUUUCCGACGAACGAUAUCUAGCAAAAAAGGACAACAAAUCCGAAACUAAAACCAAAGAUCAAAACGAUAAGAAAGACACUCCCUCCUCAAAGUUACUAGAAGCGGCAGCGAACGUCGCAACUUCUCUCGAAAGUGUAGCUGGAACAGUAAUUCAACAAACAGACACCAUCAAAGACGACAAAAAUACCUCCACCUCAGAAACAAAACACCUUCUCGCGGCCUCACCGGAGGAAGUCACCUGGAACGAGGAGUGCCGUCAGCAUUUACUCGAAUUCACCGAGAAACUAAGCGAAAAUUUAAUUCACGACAUCGACCAAUAUUGUCAGAAGACCAAACUAGAAAUCAGUGGCGAGCUUGACCAAUUACCAAAAAAAUCCGAUUACAGUUCGAUCACAAAUUCUUCCCUACAAAAGAAAUCCUCCCAAGACUCUUGUAAAUACGACGAUUAUCUAGAAUUCGACAAUAAACCCGACAGUCUCGAUGACGACGAACUCAUUGGUAGAAGCGCCUCCGAGGAGACAAUGGAUUUUGUAAUGGUAUCAAAGAAUGAUGAUUUCAUCAACGAAUCGGAAAAUGAGAGGAAAACCCACGAUACAAAAUUAAAGGAAAAAUAUCUACGAUUCGGUAAUUCCAUCGAAUCAAGUGAUAUUGGUGAUUCAAUUGAAAAUACCAUCAGCGAAAGUAGUCAAGGUAGUACAAGAAGAUUAGGAACCGGAAGUACAGCAUCCCUAGGUUCGAGUAAUUUAGAUUUUAGUCGAUGCAUUAGUGAGAGGCGAAAAUUCCUCAGCCAAAAUAGAUCAGCAUCAGAGGAGAUACCAUCAAAAUUCAUUUCAGGAAGAAAUCAUUUCGAACGUACCCGAAUGACCAAUGGAGUUAGUAAUGGAACUCUGAGUGGUUCUUCCUCACAGGAAUCGUUGCCCUCCGAUCAGGGAGGCGGUGCCAUCACCUAUCAUCAAUAUUAUCAUGUAUUCCGAGAAGGCGAAUUGGAUCAGUUAAUAAACAAGUACGUCGAGAAUUUACACAUCAUUUCCUCGUACUACGAUCACGCCAGUUGGUGCAUAGUUGCCGAGAAGGUGCAAGUCUGGACUAUAUGACUACUUGAGUUCUGCAUCACAUUUUAUACCAAUCUCUCUUUUUGUUUAGAAAAAGUGAUUCAUUCUAAAUCUCCCCUUCGUCUCUUAGAAUAUAACUACCUUUAUGUUCACCCGACAUCAACCAAAAUUAGAUUCUAGAUCUUAGAUACAAACAAAAUUAGUAAAAUUCGUCUAAGUAUACCACAACUCGAUAGAUGGCACUUGUCCAUUAAGUUUGUGUCUACAAUAAAGACUUUUUGGAUAAACCGACGCGGUUUUCAAACCAAUCAAGGCCAAAGCACAACUGCUUCGCAAACAUCUGCGAACGCAAAGCAUGAGGUAGAAAAUGACAGAGAUGUAUUUGUGUCCUUUUCUAACUCAUACUUUGCAUUUGCGAACGACGUUCACGCACGAAACAAUUGUGCAUUGACCUUUAAACCAAAUUCAACAAUUUUUUAAAAGAUUUUAGUUUAGAAACGUAUCCUAAACAAUCUUUAACUCAUUUUAAUUUACCAAAUGAAUGAUAAAUAAUGUAAAUUAGUCAAAUUUUCAUCACUUAACCUAAAAAUCUUUAUUGUGGACACGGACAUACAGUCUCCAUAAUUUUAAAAACCGUGUAAUUUCUCUCAAAGAAGCGAAAAAUUGUAUGAAAGAAAAAAUAUGAGAUUAUGGAAAAGAUAAUUUUACCCCCCCCCCCCUUCCCCUUCACUGUGCAAUAUUUAGACGUAGUAGACAAAAACUCGAAACGGUGUUUCAUACGAAUUAGUAAAACAUAGUCGUUUUCUGUUUUUUAAAGAAUAAAAGAGAGAGACCGAGACGUUCAUUAGAAAUCGUCCAUCCUUCUUGAAUAUUAUACAUGAAAAACUAUUUCGACGAUAUGUAAAUAAUUGUCACGCAUUCUCACACAAAAACACUCGCUUGUAAAUAUGUAUAAAUGAAAAAAAAACUACUUUGAUUUAAGCGCACACAAAAAGGUAGACGAUCUAUUUCGAAAAUACAAAUAGAAUUUAAUUUCGAAAGAAAAAAAAAUCCGUUUUAAAUGCUUUGAUUCUCUUAUUUGUUUAUAACCUAAAAUUUAUGGCCAUUUUAAGAACACGAAGAUAAGUUGCAAAGUGCGCUACCCAACCUUGCGUGCGGUUAAGGCCAACGCACAAUAGAUUCGCGAAUGUCGUGAAUGAGAUACAUGAGAAAGAAAAGAAUAUACGAAUAUAUCUUUGUCCUCAUUUCGCGAAUCUAUUGAGCGUUGGUCUUCAAAGGCCUUUCUCCAAUAGACCUUUUCAUGUCAAAUAAUUUUUUCUCAAUAAUAAUAAUAACUUCCGGUCGGUCAUAUUCAAAUUUCCCAUGUUAGUAUAUGGUGAAUUUUUGAAUAUGACCGAUUGUCAUGGCGGACUGAGAUUGCGCUUUCUUCAUUUCCUUUUCGAGAUGAAAAGGUCUAUAGGUUCCCAAAACUCUGCGAAUGACUGCGUUGCGUUGAUUUUAGCAUAUGUUGCCAUAGCAACCGACGCAACGCAGAGUUUUGGAAACCUAUUGGAGAAAGGCCUUAAAAUUUACAUUCACCAGGGUUGAACACAGUUAAAAAAAAAUUGCGCAAUUGUCACUUGGCAACUUGGAAUUCUCUAGAAAUUAAAGGUUUGUCUACAAUGCUAACACCGAUUUCGCACUCUAAACGGACCUUAAAAUUCAGAGACCCACCGAAAAAUUUCCCCAUCAUGGCCAAUUACAGUAUAUAGUUAAUCCAGAAUUUUAGUCACUUUAAUUUUCUCCAUCACCGACUGAUUUUUCCAACUGGAUUCAUUUAAAAAAACAUUACAAAUCUCCUGAAUUCUCCAAAUAUUUAUGUAACCUUUCUAUAAAAUACAAUCUUCGACUAUCUAGUUAUUUGUAUUAAAAAAUUUUUAAAAAUCGUUCUACAGGGUGUGCGAAUUCUCAACAAAAAAAAAAAUUUAAUCCCAAACAGAAUUAAUACAAUAAAAAUCAUUUUUACCCACAAAAAAUGUUUUUUAUCUUAAAAAAUCUGCUUGCAGAGAUUAAAAACAAAAAAAAGGUGGUCCAAAAGAAAUCUCGUCCGUAAAUUUGGACCACUUUGUUAUUUAUGCGAAAUACAUAAAAAAAUCUUGUAAAUAGAAACACUUGUCGUUAAAAGAGAAGAAAAAAACACAAUUUAGAGAGUUAUUUAGAAUCAUUUUUGCCUAGCGAUUUAAUCAAGCAUUUCCAUAAUAAAUAACAGAAGAGAUUUUGAAGGCUAACAGGUACUAAAAAAAAGUUUACGAAAAAAAUAGUUAAUAUCCCAGCAUAUCAGCGAAUCGAAGAGUGAAGAAAACUUUUUUUUUCCUCAGAAAGUUAUAUAUAAAAGUCAGGGUACAAGACUCUCGAAAAUGAAUAUCAUUACAAGAAACAAAAAAGACAGCUGGUAUUGAAAGAAAAUAUAAAUGUUCUAUUAAAAAGAAAAAUGGUGCAAAUUGUUUACAAUUUCAGUGCAAAUUUCCCUAUAGAAUUCUUUUUAUAUUAAACUACUACUUCAAAAAAAAAAAAAAAAUAUAUAUAUAUAUGAAAUUUCCAAAUAUUGUAAACAAUUUGUGAUUUAUAUAUAGAAAACAAAAAUAUAUUAAUAUAUUGCCAGUGACACCAUUAUAAGAUUGUGAUAUUCCUACAUCCGUCUAAUCCAAAAUGUAUAAUCACCUGACUGGAAUUUUAUCUGGUUGUUACGUUACAUAUACAUACAUAUAUAUAUAUGUAGUCACAACUUGAGGCAUAUCUUCAUAUAUAAAUAUAGUAAAUGAUGUAAAUUUCAUUCUUAAAAAAAAUCAUUUUCACAACAACAAAAGAAAAAAAAUAUAUAAAUAUAUUACAAUUUUUUCAAGUCUAUAGAAAAGAAAACGGCUGUUGACUAUAUUCUGAAAGCUUUCAAAUUAUAUAUAUAUAUAUUAUUCAUUUUUCAGAGAAAAUUAUAUGCACAUAAAUAUAUAAAUAUUAUAAAUUAUUAUAAAUCUGAAAGCUCUCAAUGACUCGAAUUCAAUAUAGAUGUGAUUGACUCUGAAGAAAAAGGUCUUAAAAGCAAAGGAAUUUUAUAUUAUGUUUGGGUCAACAUAACCUAAAACUCUAUUGUGUACUUAAAAAUUAUAAAUAUAACCUAAAAAUUUUUGUUUCUAAGGUCAAUUUCUACAAAGCGUGUCAUAUUAUAUAUUUCAAGAGUCGACAGUCUAUAUAUGCCGAGUUAAAAAUUUAGUCAUCGAAAAUAUUUAGAUUAGACGAAUAGGGACCGAGAGGCUUCUGUUUAUAGCUUGCGAUAAUAGAAGUUGAGAGGAUAACUGUAAUAAUGAAUCUGCGAUUCGAUAUUGAUAUUUAUAUCAAAAAACAAAGAAUCUCCGUUAAAUUGAAAAUUGGUUUUCAAACAAACCUAAAAACUUGACAAAAUUCAAUGAUUAUACUUUUGGAAUAUAAGAAAAUUGUUACUUUAUAGUCUAUGACGCCAAGUACAGGUAACUGCAUAUAUGCUGUCCUUUAGGUUUGCCCACCUUUUUUGAAAACCGCGUCAUUUCUAUCAUAAUCUUUAAUUCGUGACCAAAAAGAUAAAUAAAUUUGCCACAAACUAAUAACAUAUUACAUAAUGGUAGAAAUUCCACGGUUUUCAAAAGAGUAUUCGCAAUUCAACAGGACAGCAUAUAAGCAGUUACCUGUAUAUAUGACAGAGAAAAGGACAAAAGAUAUUUCUAUCCUUCUCUCUUACAUGUAAUUGCGAUUAGAUGUUUCCUUCAACUUAAGCCUAAUCGCAUUAAAUAAACUAUUAUUUGUUAUAAACAGAAACAAAAUUCUUAUUUUGAUUAUUUAAAAAAAACAGAGGAAAAAACUAAUUUUGAAUAUAACGCGAGGACGAAUGAAAUCCACUAAAAUACCCCCCCCCCCAAAUAAAAACUAUGUACUCUGUGCAUGAUGAUAAGAUAUAAAAUAAUUCAGUAUUUGACAAAGCUCAAUGUUUGUGUAUGAUUCUUUCAUACCAAUAACUAUUGCAUCGCUAGCGAUUAUAUAAAUUCUUUACAGACUUGCCUGAGCUGCGACUCGAUGUUGCUUCGCUGUAAGCUAUUUAGAAUGAAUAGCCAUAUAUUAUCUGUGGCAAACAGAAAAAAAAGCUGUGAAAGUGCACUUUUCAGAUAGAAAAAGCAAAAAGAAAGCUUGGAAAGUUUAUUUUCCCCGAUUCAAUCAAUUCAAAAAUGAAAAAUAUACAUGAAAUUGGAAUAUUAAAGAAAAAACAAGACAGAAACUUAUUCCGUACUAAAUAAUUUUCGUAAAAUUAUUAAUAUUCAUUUAUAAUUUUUAUUAUAAAAUUUAAAAUUAUUAUAAGGGUGCAGUCCCAUGCUGAGCAGAAAACACAAUGCAAAGCAGAAUUUCGUGAGUGCAAGGGAGAUAGUCAGAUAUCACUAUCCUUUCCACUCUCACGACAUUCUGCUUUGCAUUGUGUUUUCUACUCAACAUGGGACUGUACCCUGAAAAAGGGAGUAAAAUAUCGUUUGGAAGGUUUGGAAUAUAGAGUUUAAUAGUCUUUACAACAGGGUUAGGUGCUAACGUUUCAAAUGUUUCUGAUUGGUUCGUAAUAUUACUGCGAUAAAUUACCAACCAAUCGGAAAGAAGAACCCAUUGUAAAAAGACCUUUAAGCCCGAUAUCCGUUUUUUACUCACUGUCUUUUAGGGUGCAGUCCCAUAGCACCAUUUUGCGUUGCGUUUUGUAACUAGGCCAUAAGUGUGAGAGAGAUGAAGAUAUAGGUUCGCUAUAUUUGCACUCAUGGCCUAGUUACAAAACGCAACGCAAAACGCUACCAUGGGACUCCAGCCUUAGAACUCACACUCCUAUUUCUUAAUAUAUUUAUUAAAAAUAUUUGAAUUGAAAAUUUAAUUCUUUUAAAAUUCUUUUAAAUUUAAAAUCCCAAAGAUUUUUUUUAAUUCUACUCAAUAUAAAACGGAAUAAAAUUUUCCCUUUUCCAUAGCUGCUUUAAGCUUGAAGCACACGAUCGACAGUCUUUCUAAACUGUUUGAAAAAAAAAAUUAUUGACAAUAUAUAUGCAUUCACUGUGGUCGGAAGAAAAGGAGGACGUCACGCGCGAUUUUGUAAAAAAAAUGAAUAAAAAAAACUUUAGAAACACAAUUAUAGUGAUUAUAAAAAUGCUUAGCCAUAGUUAAAUUGAGAGGGACAGAAAAUGAAAAAAACACCUUCUACAGUAGAAUUUACUUUAUAGGCGUGAAAUUCGAAUUUCUAAUCUAGUAAAAAAAAUCUAGUUGGAUAAAAAAAAAUUCCCCUCUAUACCCUAAAUUAUUUUACAACUUCUAGAUUCGAGGGUUUUUUUUAACUUUCUGCAUGUUUACAAACUUUAUUUUUUUUUGUUUUUAUUACAUUUAUGAAUACAUUAUUAAAGAAAAAAUCUCAUAUGAAUUCCGUUCUCCUUUUAGAACAAGUCACCUAUAUCGAUGCGAAUCAAGCAAGCAUUGAUUACGCUACGUAAUUAGCGACAAGUGCACUAAUUAGUUAAACGCAAAAGAAAAAACAAACUAUUCGUAGCAACGCGAUCAGACUUGUAUUUUAUACUUGUAUUUCACAGUGAGAUUAUUUGUCAACUUUGCAUUAAGUAUAACACACGAUUGUAUAUUUAAUUUAAUAGAAGAACUGUUUCAUAUA